AGUUUCAGAGUUCAGUUCAGUUUGUUAAAAGAGCUCAUUAAAACCUCUACACACGUCAAACGUAUACGUCAGUUGCAAUUGAAAUCUAAACAAGAAUAGUUAGUAGUUGUUGUGCUGCUGAUGGCUGCCCGAUUCUACUAUUCACAGCUAAAAGUUUCUAUUUUUUAUUGUUAAUUUCUGUGAGUGUUUUAAGAACAAGUAUAAUAGAAACAAAAACAACUACAGCAGUCAAAAAAAAAGAAAAAAGCAAAGUGUCCUGUUUCUUUACAUUUUCAAAGAUUAAUGUAGUUAUUUGACGCCAAUUAAAAAGUGUCGAUUGCAAAUUAUUUACGCUUGUAGUUUUUUCAACAAAAGAACUCAUCUGAUAUAAAUACAAUACAAUCUCUGCCAAUCACUUAAUUAUCAAAAAAAAAAAAUAAAUAAAAUUAAAGAAUAAACUGCCUGUUAAACAUUAAAUAGUGAAUAAAUAAAUAAGGAAUUUGUCUAAAUAGUUUAAUUUAAAUAAAUUCUUCAAAAUGUAUUUUCGUUUAACACAUGACACUUUGAAAUCGUCUACAAAAUCAACAACUUCGUCAUCGUCGUCUAGAAGAAGAGCAGCAGUUGCUUUUAACAAUCAACGUUUCACGUGCUCAAAUAUGCCACAGACAGUGUUGCUGAUAUUCUGUUGCAUGUGUAUAACAUUAACCGCGUGUCUGGAGGAAGACUGUAUUGAUUUUCAAGGUAAUUCGGUAAAUCACGGCAUGCUAUAUGUACCAGGGCCAGGUGUGUGCAGUCUAUGUGUGUGUUACCACUCGGAGCCAUUGUGGUGCAAAGCAAUUUACUGUGAUCCCCCCUACUUUUGUAAAAACUUUCGAGUUGGAGAGAGAUGUUGUGAAUUUGAGUGUUUAGAUCCACCAGGUGAAGAUAACAAAUAUCAGGAACGUAUGCGUAAAAGAGCUGAAAUUUUAGCAGGCAAUAGUACGGCUUCACCGACUCUUAGUCCAUUGGCGGUUUCCACCUUAAUGUUAACAUUCUUGGGCAACUCGUUUCUCAACUUAUAACUUGAGCCAAAUUAUAAGAAAUUCAAUUUUUAAUUAGAUAAAUUCAAUUCAAAUUAUUUAGGACCAGUUUUUUAGUCUUAAUUAACAACAACAACAACUAAACAAAAAAAAACUCAACAACAAAUUAAUUUUAGUCAACAAAUUUGAAAUUUCAUGGCACUGAAGAACUGGACCUUUAAUGUAAAAAUUAAAAUAAUAUAAAAAAAGAACAAUUAAACCAAAAACUCCCAAAAGAAAUUGUUAUAAAUGAAAUUCUUUAUAAAUAAAAUAAAUAAUUUAAUAAAAAUCCCAAACAGAAAUAAAACCUACUUAGCGAUAGUUAACUUUUAAUUAGCACACUUUUUUAUAUAAAUACAAUACCAAACAGAAUUAAAUCUUAAAAUUAAAAUAAAAAAUAAAAAAAACUUUUUAAAAUUUCAUAUAUUUAAUAAUUUCCAAAAUAAAUAACAAAAAUCCUUGAAACAAGUACGAAUAAAAUAACAGCAACAAAUAAUAUGAUUAACAGAACUGUUUAAAACAAAUUAUUAAAAUUAAAAAUAACAAAAUAAAUCAAAUGUAACCAAUUUAUGAUGAUAAUGAUAAUAAUUUUAAUAGUAGACUAAAAACCAAACGAAAUAAAGAAGAAAAUAAAAACAUAAAUGAGAAAAAAAUUUUAAAAUUUAAUAUUAAAAGUCAACAAAAACUAAUCUAACAACAAUUUCAAAGAAUUCUUUAAAGAAUAGACAGACUAUAAUGCAAAAAAAAAAUAAAAAAAAAAUAAAUAUAAAUAUCUAAUACAACAAGGAAAUCAACUACUACUGUGCGACAAACAUUCAAACAUUCAAAUAUUACAAACACUGUAGUAGAUUAAAUAUUAAAAACCUUCACAAAAACUAGGGGUACUUACAGGUUGUUAUUCAUAUAAUUAAAGUGAUAUUUUAAUAAUCAGAUCUUUUGUGUUUUUAACAAUACACUUAAAUCUUGCCAGUUAUGAAUUACAAUAAAAUCAUUAAAUGUUUAAAAUCUAGAUAAAAUUCUUAUGAAAAUACCACCAUUUUGUUAAAUUUAAACUGCCGCAUUAAUGAAAAAAAACAUUUUAAUGACCUAAUAAUCUAGUUAAAGUUAUGGGUCGAUAUAAUGGCUGACAAACGUACAUCAGUUGUGUGGUCAGAGGGCAAUCACAAAUUUCCCAACAGAAAAUGAUAGAUGCCAGUUGUCAUCUGUGAUACCAUUUUGGAAACUGACAACGCAACUUUAGUUCGGUUGCCAUCCAUAAUAGACCCAUUAAAUAUUUCAAAACAUAUUUACUACUAACGUUUAGAUUUGCCGCCUGAUUCAGAAACACGAAAGGAAAACAAUUGAGAGGAUCCAUGUGAAAGCGGACAGCUGUCGGAUUUAUCAUCUCCGAUUUUAAUAAAAAUUUACCACAUACAAUAUGUUCAUCAUAUCAGUGGCUUUUUCAAUGGAAACUCAUUCCGAUGUAAAAAUAUCGCGAUUUAAAAAUUGAAAAAUUUGUUAAAAUUGUCUAAAAUUAUAUAUAACUUUGUAACUACUCAAAGUCCAACAUAAUUUUUGAUUCCAUUUUAAAGGCAAAGCUAUUGUCCUUAGAAUGUUGUGAAUAAAAUUGUUUACUUCCAAAAGGUUAAAGGUCAAUAUUCGGAGUAUAUAUUUCAUUGUAAAAAAUAUCAAAGAUCGCGGUGUUAAAAAUUAAUAAAGAACACAGUAUGAGGACACCUAAACUCUCUACUAUAUACUAAAUUCGAUGGAGACUCGAUUAGUUCAUGAGUUAUAAAGAUAAACGUUAUUAAAAGUAACUUGUGUUUUAACAUAUAAAUUGAAAUUGAUUCAAUUGUGUUCUGUUUUCUAUUUGCUUAAAUUUUUAUAUGAAUUUAUAUGAAAAAGCGCACUUAUAAUAAAGUUUUUCUUUAUAACUCCUGAACUAAUCGAGUAUCCAUAGAAAUUAUUUUGCACGAAUAUAGUAGAGAGUUUAUGUGUCCUCAUAGUAUGUUCUUUUUCAAUUUUUAAUACAGCGAUCUUUGAUAUUUUUUGCAUUGAAACAUAUACUCCGAAUUACAAUAUAUGUGUAAUUUUUUUUUGAAUCGGAACACAAACGAAGAAAUAGGGUCAUUUUAAAAUGUAACAUACCCGAGGGGUCCUACUUUGAGGACCCUUGGUCGCGCUCCUAGUGGGCCCAUGAGGUCCAAGUUCAAAACUUAAACUCGACAACACAUCCUCUUUGUGUAUGCAAAAUUUUAUUCUUACCGUUUAGAAGUUACAUAUUUAUUUCCCUCUAUUUUGUUUCUAUGCCACUGUGCAACGUUGCAAGACACUGUUGUUAUAGAAUUUCUGAACAUUUUUCUGACAAUAU